GAAAGACUCGUCUUUUUUUUGAUGUCACAGAAUUAGAUUCUUAGUUGGAAGUGAGUGAUUUGAAGAAGAGAGAGUACAGUAUUUGCGGUAAUAAGUUUCAGGAAAGUAAUACUUAUAUGAUAAGUAGUAAGAAAUCGUCUUCCUGAUUGAUUACAUCAGUGAUACAGAGGACAAUGGCUAACGAAACAGACAAGGAAUUAUACCUCCUACACUUCGUAGAUGAAACCUGACUAUGUGUAGGAACAUGGCAGAUAUGCCAGACAGACUUCGAUAGCAGUUGUUCAUGUGUGUGAAUCGGGUAUGGCAAAGAAAGCAGAAGAUAGAACUUACAAUGUCAGCGUUAUUGGCCUGUCUGGGUCAGAGAGUGUGAAAGGGGCAGUAGGGGUGGGCAAGUCAUGUCUGUGUAACCGUUUCAUCAACGAUGUGGCGGACAAAUAUCACACAGAACACAUCUCCGUUCUCAGUCAGAGUGACUUCGCAGGGCGGGUGAUCAACAAUGACCACUUCCUGUACUGGGGAGAGACUACAAAAACCGACGAAGGGAACAACUUUACAUUCCAUGUCAUAGAACAGACGGAAUUCAUCGACGAUGUCUCCUUCCAAGUCUUCAAGACGGGUCGCACGGACAACUACUACAAGAGGAGUACGCAAAAUAAAGUUCAGUCUGCGGAGAAAUUGAUGUACAUCUGUAAAGAUCAGCUGGGAAUGGAAACAGACAGUGCAUACGAACAGAAACUAAUGCCUGAUGGGAAACUGAACAUAGAUGGGUUCAUUUGCUGUUUUGAUGUUAGUAAGGUUCCUCAGAGGAGUGUGGAGCACCAAGUGGACUUUGUCAUCCAUCUCCUUAAUGCGGCAGUGAAAACCAGAAAACCUGUUGUUCUGGUGACCACAAAGAAUGAUGAUGCGGACAAGCGAUACUUACUGGAAGUGCCCAAAAUCGUAGCCAGAAAGGACUACAAGAAUAACAUUCCCAUUGUUGAGACUUCUGCUCAUAAAAAUGUGAAUGUGGAGCAAGCAUUUUUAGUGCUGGCUCACAUGAUGGACAAAAACAAACGUCGACCAAUCAUUACCCCUUAUAUAGAGGCCUUUAAGCAACGCCAGGAGAUUGAAGAAGUAGCAAUUAAUGCUUAUAAAAAUCUUUUACGUAUUCAUGUAACAGAUCCAAAGGCGAUCUUUAAAUCAUACCUUAGGAAGUUGGAAAGGGAACCUGAUUUUAACCAUUAUGUUGAACUGUUAGGAACUGAUAAUGCUAAGAAAUUGUUUCGUCAACAUGCGAAACAGUUACGAGACGACCAGAUCAGAAAGAGAGAGAAAAUAUUCUCUACAAGACUGCCUGAUUUGAUUCAGCGGUUUUUACCUGAUUUAGAAACUAUUGGAAACAGGUCAUGGACUGCUUGUCAAAGGUAUAUCAAAGAACACAAAGAUUUUAAACAUUACUUUGUGGAGGUGUGUAAUCCAGACGAGGGAGAGACCUGGAAGAUGGUGCCGACCUUCAUUGAUGAUUACAAUGAGACCAGGACACCAUUUGAUGUCCUGAGUUCCCCUGAGGGGGAGGCUGUGUAUCAAAGGCAUCUCAAAGAACUGCAGGAGGCUCACAAGAAAAUUCAACUAAGGGAACAGUUCAAGAAGCUCUUGUCAGAGACACCUCAAGUAACCCCUGGGGCUACACUGGAAGAAACCUAUCUCUUAUUUGUGGGAAAAGACUGUUACAUUGGGCUCUCCCAAUUAGAGCGUGAUGAUGUGUUUGAUGAUUAUCAAGAGGAACUUAAAGCCCAGGUCAAGCAUGAUUUUCAAGAGCUCCUCUGGGAACGGACUGAGACAUUCAUUCGACAGAGGAUGCAGCCAAAUUCCUCAGAUAAAAUCACUCAAGAAGAUCUUACUCUCAUCAAGGAGGAUAUCGAGAAGGAUCCCAGGUAUCGUCGUUUGGACAAGAUGGAGGAUGAACGAGAUGUGAUUCUGAUAAAACACCUGGGAUUUCUGGAGAUGCCCUCCAGUGACAGGUGUUACUACAAGGACCAGUGUGCCGAGACUCAAGUGCAAUCAGUAUUAGAGGUAGCUGCCAAGACAGUCAAUCGUUCAUCAAACAGAAUAUCUGCAGUGUCUGAGAAGGAAUGCCCUCUUAAUCUGGUUCUCUUAGGAUGUGAGGGGUUGGCCACCAAACUGUUCAAGCAGAUAAGGGAGAUGUUUGAACAUGACCAGUUUCAAUAUAAUGACACAAUCUACAAUGUGGACUAUCGUCCAAUUGAGGAUGAUGUUAGCUUAGAACAGAAUGCUUUUCAAACUGCAGAAUUUAAGCCAAAUGGUUGUUUGUGUAUGUAUACAUCUGAAUCCUCGCUCAAUUACAUUGCUACAAGUUUAGAAACUGUUCUGACGGCUGAUGUUCCUGAGGAAGAAAGCCUCCGAAAUCUUCCCAUUGUAAUUAUACAUGGAUAUGAUCCUCAGCUCUCAGAGAAGGAUAGCCUGAAACUACAACAGAAAGGACAGGACCUAGCUAGAAAGAUGAAUUGUGAUUUUGUAUACAUUCCUGAGGACACCCCAGAAGAUAUGCUCCUAAUUCAAGUGGAAGAUGCUCUACUAGCUCUGGUUCGAACUACAAAUGGAUUCAACCUUCAGUUAGAACCCCAACUAAGGAUUGCCAUGUGUAUUAUGUGUGGAGAAGACUUCCGGGUGGAUAUUCCAAUAGGUCCGAUCCUGAACAGUAGCGCCACCUAUGUAGAUGUAGAAACUGAUCUCUCUGUUUCAUUAGAACUAAAUUUAGAAAGUGCUCCAGACUCUGGCAAACAAAAAGUGGAGGUUUGUGUGGGGGCGUACCAUAAUUUCAUUACGAGGGUGUUUCGGGAGGAGGAGGAAUUUCAAGGUUUUAUUCUAGUCUACAGCCCAGUCCGACAGGCAUCAUUUGCUGCUAUGAAAGCUUAUGCCGAAAAUUUACGUAAUCUUUAUAAUGUAAUGCCGCUUAUGAUCGUAGCUGUGAAAGAUCCAUUGAGUCGUGUCCCUUUCUCCAAGGAUUUAAUUGUAGCAGGGGAGAGAAUUGCAGAGGAUUUAGGGGCAGAAUUCAAGGUCACAACUGCUGAUUUCAAGCAACAAGCCACUGUUUACUUACCCUUUAUGAAGGAAGCUUGGAACAAACGUGAUGAACUGGAAUCUAUAUAUUGUGACCCUAAUAGCCCUCCAUAUGACACCAAGCUAGACAUGAGACCUCCGGCCCCUCUACCAGAAACUUUCCAUCCUACCAAUGGUAGCAGUAAUAGCCAAAGUACCGAGGACUCCGAGUCUAAAGAACCAGUGUACACACAGGAACCAAUAUACGACAAACCGUUCACCUACCCCCAUCCUUCAGACAGUGAACAUGAGCGCCCCUCCUCAACUUCUCCCCCUCCCGUCAGGCCAUCAAGUCCUCCAAAUGGAGAAUUACCCAGCAGGGACCAGUUGGUGAAACCCAGCAUGCUAAGAAAAAACCGUGGAUCAAAUGCAGUCUCCGGGGGAUACCAUCGGGAAGUCUUUCGCAGGUCAUUUCCUGUGAUUGAAACUGAUUCGUUACGCUUGAUUAGUUACAAGAGUCUGGAACACCCAGACUCUGAGACCACUCAGAGCCCAUUUCAGUUUAGGAAAUCUUGUAGUAUGAAACUAGCUGUGAAAGAUAAAGAGCCAGCCUGGGCAUUAAACGAGCCCCAGAGACAGAAGAAAGCGUCCACUUUCCCGACAGACGUGCAUCAUUCCGCCCGGGACAAUGAUUCUUGGACUGAUCCAUCAACUCAUGAGUCUACAGAAUCACAAAAUUCUGGAGAUGACACCAUAUGGGCUGAGAAUGAUCUGUAUCAGAGGGCUUCAACUUUCCUAAAUGAUCCCAGUUUUAAGGCCUCACCAAAGAAAAGUUUUAAGGGAGAUGCUCCAUUGGCUCAACCUGAACAAGACAUCAGUCUGGCAGAUGACUAUGGAAUACCAAAGGAUCACCGUUUUACGGGAACAGAGGAUGCUGAUUAUGCCUCAGUUUAUGGUGCAUUGGAACCUGGUAAACGCCAGCGCAUUAUGUCACAGGAACGCAAAUCCAAAAAAAAAGCUCAAGAUUCAGAUGAUUCCGGAGAGUUCAGUUCACUGGAGCGUGAAAAGAAGGACAAGGAUUCUAUUUACAGCAGAGUAAAUCGGAAACCCACACCUCACAAAAAGAAAACCAAACAGAAGUCACAAGAUGGACAGGUGUACACCAUACCUGUAUAUACUGAUGAACGCCCACAAGGAAAUCGACGCAGGGACAACCGAGGUAACUACAGAGACUCUGACCUCGAUACGCCAAACAAAGAGUACUCACACACCAUGCCUCGGGGAGGGUUUUCAAGUUUUGAGGAAUUUGACCUGAAUGACAGUGGAAGUUGGAUGACCAAGUUUAGGACCCUAAAAGCAGACAAGAAUCGGAGGAAGGAAGAGAAGAGGAUCAAAGAUGAUGAGAGGAGGAGACAAAAAGAGGAGGAAAGAAAACAAAAAGAACAGCAGAAAGCACAAAAGAAGAAGAAGAAGGACGGUCGUCCCGGGACGUCUGAGAGUGGCUGUAAACUAAGUGAAUUCCCCAUGUCCAGCAAUAACCCCUCCCUACCACAGUUUGUAGAGACUUGUGUGGAAUACAUAGACAAUGAAGGUAUGAACACAGAGGGUAUUUACCGUAUCCCUGGUAACAAGCUACAGGUGGAACUACUUCAAAGUAAACUGCAAGAGGACCCCUCAAUAGACAUCCAUAGCUUGGACAUUCAAGUGAAUGCUGUGGCAACUGUUCUGAAGAAUUUCAUCAACGAUACUGAAGCCUUAAUUCCCCCUAGUCUACAUGAUGAGCUGUUAGAAGCAGCAGCAAAGAUUACUGAGCAGGAUGAUGAGUCUGAAGGUAUGCCAGACAAGAGUUCAAAGUUAUUAGCUUUAAGAGGUGUCCUAAAGAAGAUUUACCCUACAAAUUAUGAAGUGCUAAAGUAUUUCAUUACUCAUCUGAAAAGAGUGAGCCAACAUAAGGCGACACAUAACAUGAACAGUUCAAACUUGGCCAUCUGUUUAUGGCCCACUCUUCUGCGGAUAGACUUUACCGGUAAAACCUACACAGACAUGACACAGAUGACGCGCCUCCCAGCAAUUAUAGUACAGACACUUAUAGAACAAUGUGGUUUCUUCUUUCACGGUGAGGAUGAAAUCUCGGAGGUUGUGUGACCAGGAGAGAGAGCAUUGUGUGGACAAUUCAACUUUUAAACCUAACUAAUUAGUUCAUAUCAGUGUAGGAUGGCGUAAUGGGGAGAUUAAAUUGAUGAUGAUGUGGCAAGAUCCAGUGCCAGCACAAAAGAAAAUGACUGCCGCAGGCCGGACCUGCAUGCCAUCCAAUGGCAGACUGACACCAGGAGGCGUUCGGGCAGCUAACUGUUCAACAGGUUAGCGGAUGUUCAAAGAGGCAUUUUCUUGUUCAUUGAUUAUAUAGUGUUUUAUUACAAUUUUAGUGGGCCAAUAUACCAGUGCAUAAUAUGUGAAUGGGAGAUUGUUGCAAUGAAGUGAAAAUGAUCGAUGCUUUGUUAUUAAUGUCAGUGAUAUCAAGUAUUCCGCCUCAAACUUUUUUUUUCACAUUGUUUUAAACAUAUAGUCAGAAUGAAGUGUAAUUAUUUAUCCAUCGUCAAGAUGCUAAAUAUGCAAUCUUGAAACCUUUUUGCUAGUGAUUAUUUGGUCAUUCUUAGUUGUGAAAAAGUUAAAAAAUUUGUUGAAAAUUAAUGUGAAUAUAUAUUUUGCAUCAUAAUGAAAAUAAUAAGUAAGUGCUGUUCAUAUGAGUAUCAUAUUGUAGUGAACAUUGUCUUGUAAUCAACAAGAAACAUAAUAGCUUUUUUCAAUGAAGUGUUAUUUUGUCACUCUGCUGUUUUGUUAGAGAAAACCCUUUUCAGCUGUGAUUUUACAAUGUUGAUUUUUUUUUUGUGAUAUCUGUUUCAUGUAUUGUGUUAUUUUUGACUCUUUAUUGAAACUGUUAUUAAUUUGGGAGACCAACAACUUCUUAACUAUCAUUUUUCUGCAAAAGGAAGAAAUACUUAAUUUUUUCAUGAUAUGCAGACAUUUGGAAUAAAUAUAAAAAAAUGUAUUUUUUUAAAAAUUCAAUAUUAUGACAACAACAUGUUUGGACAUGCAUGUUUUUUCCUAUGAUUCAUCAACUGACUCUUCUGUGUCUGGAGAUGAAAAAGUACUGACCAUAGAGCUGUGAAUUUCUGAAAGUUUUUACCUGUCUUUAAAUACACUGAAAGGUGAAAAUUUUCUGUGUAAGCAUAUGUACAUUUACAUAAAUAGCUAUGUUUACAUACAUUUUGUAAUAUUUUCGAUUUUUAUAGGGCUUUAAUUAUCGUACAUAGAAAUAAGGUAAGGAACAUAAUUUUUAGUUAUGGGAAAACCAUUUUGAGCAUGUACACCCAAAUUUACCUUGAAUGAUAAUUUAUCUUAUUCUCAUAUUUAUAAAACCAUAUAAACCAUAUGUGUAAAAAAGAAAUUACACCAAAGUCAGUUGUAUUUAUUAUAUAUUUAUACAUAUAUAUAUAUGCAUACCCAACAGCAUAAAGUGAUACUCAUCUCAGUAAAGGAUAGUCAUGUAGUUGAUAGAAUGCUUUUCAGAGUAAGUAUUGUAAACACAGCUUCAAAUGGUUUCUAUAAAUCAUCUUUUGAAGAGAUGUGGAAUUCAGUGUUAAUAUGUAAUAUUAAUGGAUUUCUUGGUUGAAUUAAGAAAACAAUAUCUUCCCAUACAUGUAUGUGCCAUUUAGAUUGAAAGAAUUGUUAAGAAAUGUUUCAUCUUGAUUGGGCUUUGUACCCCAUGAUCAUGAACUGUGUGUGUGGAAGUUGCUUAAUAACUCUAAUGACCUUUCUAAAAGCAAAAUGUUUUUUUUUUUUCAAGUAGCAGAGAUAUUCUUUUCAUCAGAGAAAAUUAUCUUUUGUGCAAUGACAGAGUAAAUGCAAAUUGAUUUUAAAUAGCUUGAUUACCCAAGACACAUUCUAGUCCAAAAGUUCAAUGUGUCUUUCAUUUAUUUGCAUCAAUUUGCCAUGAAAAGAGAAACUGUGUUCAUCAUCAGGCAAGUAGACGGGGGAUUGUCAUAAAUAUUUUUUUUCUUAUCCUUUUUUAGUAGUGGACCACACCAUACCCAAACAUGCAAACUUUACAUAUGUAUUUCAGUAAAGUUUUGACCAUAAUGCAAGAUUUUCUUGCAUUAUUUAUAUAUAUAAAGAGUGAGUGAGACUGAACUGAAUUUUUAUUUUAAUUGACUGUGGAUAAAUUUAUUCCCAUGGUUUAGGCCAUUAUACAAUUUUAUGUACUUGUAGGCCUCUCAUUUUGAUGCUUUUGACCAAGUUGCUAAGAUUUUUUUUUAAUAUAUGUAUAACAACCAAAUUAUAUCUCUACUUAUAUAUUCAGUCUGUUGCUCAGGUUAAUUUAAUAUAUCAGUCAUUAACCAAGCUAGAUACUAGUACUCCAGGUACGGGGAAGGGGGGAGGGCUUCCAAAAUAUUAUACCCAAUUUGAUAAAAGUUUUUGAAAUGUUUAUUGCAAAUUCUAGAAGGAUCUCUAAUGCAGGGUUGUGAAAUGGAGAAACUGGCAUGAUUUUACUAUUGUUCAAGAGAUGAAGAAUGUACAAAUGCAGAUUUUCUCAUAUUUAAUCAAGUAUACCAAGCUUGCCUUUGUCAAUUUUUGUUAAUUCUCUGUAUGACUACUUUAUUAUGACAUGUCGUAUGGAUAAAGUACCAAAACUAAACAUGUUCUGUAACUGACAUUGCAAGGUUUUCCACUGCUGCUAUUUAAUUUGCUUUAUACAGAGAUGUACAAUAAUUCAAUAAAAUGUCAAUAAUUUA